CCCAUACGGCGCGGGAAUGGCUUUGCUGCACCUCUCCACAGUGGUAGCAGUUUUCAGUGUAGUAUUAAUAACAGGUGUUGCUGGGAAAUGUGGCAAUAAUCAUUGGCAGUGUGAUGAUGGUGCCUGUGUUCUCCACUCAUGGAGAUGUGAUGGAGAAGGUGACUGCCUGGACGGCUCUGAUGAGAUGGACUGCUCCUGCCCCCCAGAGGAAUUUGAGUGUUUUGAUGGCACAUUGUGUGUGAUGGGGUCAGCGGUGUGUGAUGGCCAAGCCCAGUGUCCAGAUGGGUCUGAUGAACUAAACUGCAGCCAAUAUGUGGGCUGCCUCUCGGGUGACUGGACAUGCAAGAACAGCAUUUGCAUCCCACUGAGCCUCCGGUGCAAUGGAUUUGAUGACUGUGGAGACAACUCUGAUGAAGAGGGCUGUGGACAUUGUGGAGAUCUGAAUGUGCGUUGUCCAAACGGAACAUGUCUGACUCUGAGAGAGAGGUGUGAUGGAGUUGCCCAGUGCACUGAUGGGAGAGAUGAGCCUGUUACGUGUGGUAAAACUUGUAGAGAUAAAAAUGGAGGCUGUAGCCACACAUGUACCGACCAGCUUUGGGGAGCAAUGUGCUCUUGUCCCAGUGGGAUGAAGCUAUCAGCAAAUGGAGCAAAGUGUGAAGAUAUUGACGAAUGUGCCCAACCCUAUGGACCCUGCAUGCACACAUGCAUUAAUACAAAAGGAUCCUUUCAGUGCCUAUGUCACCCAGGGUUCCAGCUACAAGGUGGUAAUGUGUGCCAAGUACAAGGAAAUGGCACAAAACUUCUUACCACCAAGAAGGGAUUUCUUGGCUUGAUCACUGUAAAGGACAGAACAUUCAAGACUCUCAGUGUGAUCAACAGUAACCCAGUGGCUCUGACUUUUGACCUUGCACGGAGCUUUGUUUUUUGGGCUGAUGGUAAUGGAAAAAUCUAUAAAACAGAGGCUCAGAAGAGCAGAGUCAUUUAUACAGGACAGACUGGCAUUAAGUCUCUAGCUGUUGACUGGCUCAGUGGACAACUUUACUGGACAAACUCAGAGCUAAAAGGCAUUUAUAUGGGAUCAUCUGAUGGUAGUGCUGUUGGCUUGGUCAUGUCCAAAGAUACUGAUCCAACAGAUUUGGUCCUCCUUCCUGCUGAAAGCACCAUGUUUUGGAUUAAUAAAGGACCAAACAUCAUAAUGACUAUUGAGAAAGCUGGGAUGGAUGGCUCCUUGAGGGCAUCGCUGGUUGUCGUCACUGCCCAGUUACCGAGAGGCCUUACGUUAGAUGUGGCAGCCCGAAGGUUGUAUUGGCUAAGUGAUUUCAGAAAGUCAAUUGAGACAGUAAAGGUAGAUGCUACAGGACGGCACACCUUUCAUGAGUUCUUUAAGGGACGGACUGGUCAGAAUCUGGCUGUGUUCAAUGGCUGGUUCUACUGGGCUGAUGAAAGGCGUUUGUGGCAAGCCCCUGAAAACCAGCCUAGUCAAAAGAGUUUUGUUCUGAAAGGAGAACUAACAACCGUAAUGGUCUAUCAUGAACUCCAGCAACCUCGAGGACUUUCUCCAUGUAGAAAGUCAGGCUGUCUGCUCUGCAUGCCCUCUCUAACCAGCCCCAGUGGUUUCACUUGCUCUUGCUCUGAGGGAAAGGUUCCUGUGCAGCAUGGUUCAUGUGAAAGUUUUAGACUUGCCUAUGCAACACCCACAAGCAUAUACACACUGGAAUAUACAAAAGAUGGUCCUGUAAAAUCUAUACUCUUCUCCUCUGAUGAGGACAUUCAGACUUUUGACAUGGACUGGAAGAGACGAUGGGUGAUUUGGGCCAACCUCACAGGCCAUGUGAAGGCUCAAUUGCUCAGAGAGGGCCGCUCAGAAUAUAUACCAACUCUGAAGCCUGUGUGCACUGUCAGAGUCGACCAGAAGACGGGAAACUUGUAUUGGGUGUCCUGUGAUGAACUUUCUGUGGGUGCCACCCAUAUUAGCCUCCCUGAUCAGAGUAUUUCAAACCAAUUGUACCAGGCAAGUGGUGAGAUCAAUGACUUACUUGUGGAUUGGCAACGAGGUCAGUUGUACUGGCUAGAGGACGGUCAGAUCAUCAACAUGAAGCUAGGCCUGUUGGGAGGAAAUGCAAAAGCCAUCUACAGCUCUGAGGACAAAAGCAUCAGCCACAUUGUAUUAGACAGGAAAGCACGCAGCUUCCUUUGGAGCUCACAAAAUGAACUACAAGUAAUGAGUCUUCUGAAGAUGAGCAAAUACUCUGCUGGUGAAAGAUGGACUUUUCCAGGCUUGAUUGUAGCUGCCUAUGAGCCCUACAUGGUGACGAUGCUCAAUGAUGUCAUCACACUGUGGAAACGGCAAGAUGGAACACGUGUGAAGGCUGUCGCUGUGGGGAGUGGCAUUGUUGAUGUAACUGUAGCUCUGAAUGAAUUGCAGCAAGAUGCACUUGUAUCCUCUCCACAAGUGAACUGUAAAAGUCCCUCUGUCUUGUGUAAUGGGACCUUGUUGUGCAUAUCACAGGCUCAGCUGUGUGAUGGAACACAAGACUGUCCUGAUGGAUCAGAUGAGGCUGCUUGUGUACAGUUGUGUUCAAAAAGAGGUGACUUCCAGUGUAAGGAUAGGAGGAAGUGUGUUGCACGAUCUCUGGUGUGUAAUGGACGCCCUGACUGCACUGAUGGCUCUGAUGAGAUGGGCUGUCCCACUAAAACAACCACAAAAAAUACAGCUCCUUUAAAGUGCCGUUUGGGCUUAAAACUCUGUAAGGAUGGCAGUGACUGUGUCUUGUAUAGCCAUUUGUGUGAUGGAGAGGUCGACUGUAAGGAUGGAUCUGAUGAAGAGGGAUGUGAGCAAUGGUGCAAAGCAGACCAAUUUCAAUGUGCUCAUGGAAGAAUGUGUAUAGACAUGAAGCUGGUGUGUGACGGGACUCCUCAGUGUCAGGAUCGCUCUGACGAAGUGCAUUGCUUUACACGCACCAAGAGCUGCAGCCAUAGCUGUGACAAUAAGACCCGCUGCAUCCCAGAAAACUUCCUGUGUGAUGGGGAGAGAGACUGUCUAGAUGGCACUGAUGAAGCAGACUGUCGUGAGAGUUCUUCUGUUACUGUGACUCGUAAAGUUGGAACAGCUCCAGAACCAGUCUGUAAAAGUCCCUCUGUAAUGUGUGAAGGCACGUCACUGUGCAUCAGUCAGUCUCAGCUGUGUGAUGGGAUAUUAGAUUGCCCUGAUGGCUUUGAUGAGCUCCACUGUUUACAUGCCUGUUCAGAUCCAGGCCACUUCCUGUGCAAGAAUAGGAGGAAGUGUAUUGAACGAGCCCUGGUGUGUAAUGGCCGCUCUGACUGUUCUGAUGGUUCAGAUGAGGUACAGUGUCCUAUCUGUCCUCUGCACUGUGACGAGGGGACGGUUUGCCUGACCAGCCAGCAGUUCUGUGAUGGACGAAUAGACUGUAAAGAUGGCUUAGAUGAGAGGAACUGCUAUAAGACUGGCAAAAAAGCUGCAGAAGCUUCAUCCCUCAAAUGUCCACUGGGCUUCAAACCAUGCAAGGAUGGAAGUGAGUGUGUCCUCUACAGUCACAUGUGUGAUGGAGAAAAGGAUUGCAAAGAUGGGUCAGAUGAGGAGGACUGUGAAUGGCGAUGUAAAAAAGGGCAGUUUCAGUGUGCUCAUGGAAGAAUGUGCAUAGACAAGAAGCUGGUGUGUGAUGGGACUCCUCAGUGUCAGGAUCGCUCUGAUGAAAUGGACUGCUUUACACGCACCAAGAGCUGCAGCCAUCGCUGUGACAAUAAGACCCGCUGCAUCCCUGAAACUUUCCUGUGUGAUGGGGAGAGAGACUGUCUAGAUGGCACUGAUGAAGCAGACUGCUCUACUAAUAAUGGAGAUAUGGUCAACAGUAAGGCAUCUUCUGAUGUGGUGUCAAUAGUAUUAUCAGCUCAGCAUCCAGACUGUAGAAGCCCCUCAGUGUUGUGUGAAAGCACAGCAUUAUGCAUGUCCCCGGGUCAACUCUGUGAUGGAAAGUUGGACUGCCCCGAUGGUUUUGAUGAGCUCUCCUGUAUAGAUUCAUGUCAGAAGAUGGGUGACUUCCUCUGUAAGGACAGGAAGAAGUGUAUUGAGCGAUAUCUGGUGUGUGAUGGACGCUCAGAUUGCACUGAUGGCUCAGAUGAGAUGGACUGUCCUGCUGCUGCAAUGCCAAAAAAUGCAGCUGCCUUAAAUUGCCGUUUGGGCUCAAAGCUCUGUAAGGAUGGAAGUGAUUGUGUGAUGUACACCCAUGUGUGUGAUGGAGAGGUCGACUGUAAGGAUGGAUCUGAUGAAGAGGGAUGUGACCUUCAGUGUAAUCCAGGUCAGUUUCAGUGUCGUCAUGGCAGAAAGUGCAUAGAAAGGAGGCAGGUGUGUGAUGGGAUUGCUCAGUGUCCAGAUAACUCCGAUGAAUCAGCAUGCUGGAAGCCUACAAGAAGCUGUGCACUGCGCUGUGAUCAAAACAGUCUCUGUAUUCCAGAAGUUUUUAUCUGCAAUGGGAUCAGGGACUGCUGGGAUGGAUCAGAUGAAAUGGACUGCGCAGGCAACCCUGGACCGCAUUCCCAUUGCAAAAGUCCAUCUAUACCAUGCCUGACAACCUCAAAGUGCAUCUCCCGGAGUCAGCUCUGUGAUGGCAGAAAGGACUGUACUGAUGGGUCUGACGAAAGACCGUGCCUUCAGAGCUGUCCCUAUGAUGAUGACUUUCUGUGUAAAGAUAGGAGAAGAUGUAUUGACAGGAAUCUGGUCUGUGAUGGACGACUGCACUGCACUGAUGCUUCUGAUGAGGUGGACUGUCCAACUGUGGCUGCUUAUACCUCUGAGGCGGCUCCCGUGAAGUGCCGUUUGGGUUUGAAGCCCUGUAAGGAUGGCAGUGACUGUAUCCUGUACAGUCACGUGUGUGAUGGAGAGGUUGAUUGCAAAGAUGGAUCUGAUGAAAAGGGUUGUGACAUUAAUUGCAAAGCUGGGCAGUUUCAGUGUGCUCAUGGAAGGAAGUGUAUUGAUGCUACCCUCGUGUGUGAUGGUAAACCACAUUGUCAGGAUCGCUCUGAUGAAAUGGACUGCUUCAAACGCACCAAGAGCUGCAGCCAUAGCUGUGACAACAAGACCCGCUGCAUCCCAGAAAACUUCCUGUGUGAUGGAGAGAGAGAUUGUGUAGAUGGCACUGAUGAAGCAGACUGUGGCUACCCUACACAACUGAGAAACUGUGAUGCCCCUUCUGUGCUGUGUCGAGGGGGACAAAUGUGCAUCUCUAACACUAAACUGUGUGAUGGAAAGCAUGACUGUCCAGAUGGCUUUGAUGAAGAAUCUUGCAUGAAAAGAUGUCCAAAAACAGGUGACUUUAUGUGUAAGGACAGGAGGAAGUGUGUUGAGAGUGGUUUGGUCUGUGAUGGCCGCUCUGACUGCACUGAUGGCUCUGAUGAGGAGGGAUGUCCCACUGUUUCUAUAAAGGCAAAUGUAGCAGGUCUACUAAAGUGCCGUCUGGGCUGGAAACCUUGUAAGGACAGAAGCGAGUGUGUGCUCUACAGUCACGUAUGUGAUGGAGAGGUUGACUGUAAAGAUGGCUCUGAUGAAGAAGACUGUCAAUAUCAGUGUAGACCAGACCAGUUUCACUGUGCUCAUGGGAGAAUGUGUAUAGACAAGAAGCUGGUGUGUGAUGGGACUCCUCAGUGUCAGGAUCGCUCUGAUGAAAUGGACUGCUUUACACGCACCAAGAGCUGCAGCCAUCGCUGUGACAAUAAGACCCGCUGCAUCCCAGAAAACUUCCUGUGCGAUGGGGAGAGAGACUGUCUAGAUGGCACUGAUGAAGCAGACUGUAAUAAGAGUGAUAAAGCUUCAGGAACUCCAUCCCUGAAAUGUGCUGUGGGCUUCAAACCAUGCAGGGAUGGAAGUGAGUGUAUCCUCUACAGUCACGUGUGUGAUGGAGAAAAGGACUGUAAGGACGGGUCAGAUGAGGAGGAUUGUAGGCGCAAAUCUGUUCCUGUAGCUCCUACAGUUGAAACCUCUCCUGAACCAGUCUGUAAAAGUCCCUCUGUAAUGUGCGAAGGCACAUCACUGUGCAUCAGUCAGUCUCAGCUAUGCGAUGGGAUAUUAGAUUGUCCUGAUGGGUUUGAUGAGCUCCACUGUUUACAUGCCUGUUCAGAUCCAGCCCACUUCCUGUGUAAGAAUAGGAGAAAGUGUAUUGAACGAGCCCUGGUGUGUAAUGGCCGCUCUGACUGUUCUGAUGGUUCAGAUGAGGUACACUGUCCUAUCUGUCCUCUGCACUGUGACGAGGGGACGGUUUGCCUGACCAGCCAGCAGUUCUGUGAUGGACGAAUGGACUGUAAAGAUGGCUUAGAUGAGAGGAACUGCUACAAGACUGACAAAAAUGCUGCUGGAUCUUCAUCCCUGAAAUGCUCUCUGGGCUUCAAACCAUGCAGGGAUGGAAGUGAGUGUGUCCUCUACAGUCACGUUUGUGAUGGAGAGAAAGAUUGCAAAGAUGGGUCAGAUGAGAAGGACUGUGAACGGCAGUGCAAAAAAAGCCAGUUCCAGUGUGCUCAUGGGAAGAUGUGCAUAGAUAAGAAGCAGGUAUGUGAUGGGACCCCUCAGUGUCAGGAUCGGUCUGAUGAAAUGAACUGCUUUAAACUGUCCGAGUCCUGCAGCCAUCACUGUGAUAACAGAAGCCGCUGCAUCCCUGAAACUUUCCUUUGUGAUGGAGAAAGAGACUGUUUAGAUGGCACGGAUGAGACCAGCUGUGCAAAGGAGCCAUGUUUACAUGGGCAAUUUCAGUGUGCCAGUGGACAGUGUGUGUCCACAAGUGUCCGUUGUGAUGGUCAUGCUGAUUGCCACGAUCAGUCUGAUGAGAAGAACUGUCGUAAGCCUCCACACUGCCCCCUGGAGCAGCGCUGCCCCAAAAGCCAUGUGUGCCUGCUGAAAGAGUGGUUCUGUGAUGGAGACAAAGACUGCACUGACGGGUCUGAUGAACAGAACUGCAAGGUCUCUCCCAUGCAAUGUGGAAUGCUCCAGUGGUCUUGUGCAUCUAAAGAUCAGUGCAUUCCCACAUUUUGGAGAUGUGAUGGAGUUAAGGACUGUAAAGACCAGAGUGAUGAAGCUGGAUGUGGCCAGGUGAUAUGCCCCAUGGACACGUUCAAGUGUGGCAGCAAGGAGUGUUUGGAUUCCAGGCUGGUGUGUGAUGGCAUUGCUAACUGUCUGGAUGAGUCUGAUGAGGGUCCAGGGUGUCUCAGCAAUAAUUGCUCCAGCCCACACCCACCACAAUGCGAGCACUACUGUGUCAACACUCCCCAUGGAGCGAGUUGUGGGUGUCGAACAGGCUUCAGGAUCCAGACAGAUGGUUUAUACUGUGCAGAUGUAGAUGAGUGUUUGGAGAUUCAGCCACCUGUGUGUAGCCACAGAUGUGUGAACACUCAUGGUUCCUAUGUGUGCCAGUGUCCCCCGGGUUUUAUACUGGAACCAGAUGGCAGCAACUGUAAGACACCAGAGGAGCCUAGUCUUUUGGCAUCAGUGCAAUAUGAGGUGGUGUUUAUGGGCCUGCGGAGCAGCAACAUGCAGAUGCUUCUUCCCCCGGGGCAGAAGCCCAUCUUCUCUCUGGACUAUGACUGGAGGGAACAACGGGUGUUCUGGGUCUGUCUACAGGAAGAAAGCAUAAAAUAUGCGGUGCAUGGAGAAAAGGGCCAUAUUAAGACGCUUGUUAAAGGUGUGAAAUCAGACUCAAUUGCUGUAGACUGGGUUGCAGGAAACCUGUACUGGGUGGAUGGAGUUGCUGGCCAGAUUUUAGCUGUAAGGAUUGGUGACCGUGUAGUGAAGCGACAAAACUUCACAGUGAUUGUGGAUGAAGACCUGGAGCAGCCUCAUUCUCUGGUGCUUCUGCCUCAGAAAGGGUUAAUGCUGUGGUCAGAGAUUGGGAAGGAGUCUCAGAUUGAGCGAGCUGGCAUGGAUGGUUCAGAGAGGAAGGUGCUGCUCAGCCAUGAUUUAAACUGGCCUGUAGCCUUAGCUGUGGAUAUCAUAACUGACAGAAUCUACUGGGCAGAUGAGAAGCUUAAGUGCAUUGGUUCAGCCACAAUAAAUGGCAAGGAUGUCAGGCUGCUGCAGUUGACUGAGACCUCAAGCCCGUUCUCUGUGGCAGUGUUUAAUGACAUGGUGUACUGGUCUGACACCCAGAGACGGGCCAUCCAUGGGGCUCACAAAAUCACUGGCAAGAACCACAAAGUUAUUCUCAAAAGACCUGGUCAACCAUUUGGGCUCAAAGUUGUCCACCCCCUCAUGCAGAAUAAGGUGCUUAACCCCUGUGAGAGACUCCGAUGUUCUCACAUGUGUGUGCUAGCCCCAGGGGUCCAUGCAUUAUGUCGUUGCCCAGCAGGACUGCUGUUGGCUGAGGAUGGAUUUACCUGCAGCCCACCUGAAAACUCCUCUACUUCCUUCCUACUGCUGCUCUCUCCUACUAGACUCACAAAGGUUUUCACUAGAACCCUGCAUGACCAGGUUGGACUAAAGCAGUGGCCUGCCCACCAUGCCCAGUCUCUUCCUGGCAUAAAUGAAGCCUCAGAUCUAGACUUGGCUCUUAGUGACAACACACUCUACGUGGCAGAUGUCGGCCAGGCCUCUGUGGCUCAGAUUAAACUGGGUGACUCUACAUUGAUGCCUGAGGGCCAGAUAUUGCAUUUACCAGGGGACACGGUGACGGUGCUGGCUGUGGACUGGAUCACACACAACUUGUAUUGGAGCAGCAGCAAGAAGCCUCAAAUCUAUGUCACGUCGGCAGGUGGGAAGUUCACCAGCAUGGUUCUGCAGGCCGGGCUUCAGGACACCACCUCUAUUGCGCUACACCCACCCACUGGCAGGAUGUGCUUCACAGCCAUAGGGUCAACAGGGAACAAUGUUUUGCCCCAGGUAGAUUGUGCUGCCAUGGAUGGCCGGAAUCAAAUGUUGCUUUGGAAGAAAACACAGCUUCCCAACUUUCUGACUUUUUCAAGUCAGGGCACAACAGUUUACUGGGCAGAUAUUGCUGCUGAAGUGAUUUGCUCCGUGAACAUUGAUGGAUCAAAUUACAGGGAAUAUAAAACUGGAACCGGACCUCCUUUAAUUGUGUCUUUAACCCGAAGUGAAAAUAUCCUCUUCUGGAUCACCCGGUACAAUGGCACAACCAAUGUAUGGUACAGUGAUGGCAUCCAGCCUAAACAGUUGUGGUUUGAAGUACAAACAAACAUUGUAGCACUGAAGGCAUACAGUGCAAACAGCCAGAAAGGAACCAACCUAUGUGCAGAGAAUAAUGGUGGUUGUAGCCACUUGUGCCUGGCAUACCCAGGGGGGCAUACGUGCCGCUGUACACAGGACUACAUUGCCGUAAAUGACACCCAGUGUAUACCUGGCCUACAGUGUCCAGCAGGCUCUAAGCCUUGCAGAGACAGAUACAAGUGCCUCUCCACUACAAAGUUUUGUGACCAAAUCCCAGAUUGCCAGGAUGGCUCAGAUGAAGAGGGCUGCCAUACUAAGGAAAGUGAGGUGUUGGUCCGCACAAUGGGUGGCCAGUCCUGCAAUUCUGAGCUCUGUAAUGGCCGAGGGCACUGUAUGAUGCAAAAAGGGAAACCAGUCUGUGAGUGUGUACAGGGCUACAGUGGGCAGUUCUGUCAGGAUGAGGCAUCCAGCAGUGUUCCUGUUGUCCUUACAGUCCUUUUUAUCAUCGGCCUAGUUAUCGCGGCCGCAGCAGUUCUAAAAUGGAGGAGAUGGAAAUUAGGAAGAGGCCAGCCCAUUGAUAAGGAAACUCUCAUGAAGGACAUGGAGGAACAAGAAGCAUGCCCUGAAAACUUUCCAAAUGAACUCUACAACCCAGUGGAGGAGGUAGCAAGUUUAAGUUCAAGCUUUAAAUUUAAAAGUAACCUAAACUCUAUGAUUUAACUUUCUGAUUUUGAUGUCCGAUUCUGACUGAUGGAUUGGAUUUUAAAUUUGUUGAGAUUUAGAUUUAAAACAAUUCUCAGUGAACCCAUCAUAUCUGUUGUACAAAGUAGAGGAUGACUUUUUAGCUACAGAAACGGUGCUAUGCUUGCUAGCUAACUAAUUUGGCUAAUUCUAGCAAUGUCAUAACCACAAUUUUAACAUAUUUGGAGAGUGUUAAGUCAGAGUAUGAUUAUGUAAAUUGUGACUCAAAUCCUAUUUGUCAUCCUGUGACAAAUUUGGUCUAGUUUACUAACUUUAGUUAGUCACUAGAUACUAGGUAGGGCGGGACCAAAUUGCAUUUCUCAGAUUCAUAGACCCUGAACUUUAGAAUGCAGCUAUAAUUGUAUAGUUGUUGCUUCAUAAUUUUAGUAGCUUCCUGAGCUUUAAAACUAAUAUAAAGUAAACAUUCUCCAUAUUUUCAUUUAAAUCUGCUCCGGGUGUGUGUUCACGGUGUGUGUGUUCACUACUGUGUGUGUGUGCAGAGCACAAAUUCCUAGUAUGGGUCACCAUACUUGGCCUCACUUCACUUCACUUCAAAAUGGUUCAAAACAUGUUCAGGGUAACUUUAAGUAGGAAUAUGGUACAAGUUGUUCUAAGUGUAGUGUUGUGUUCUGUACUACUGUGUUUUGUUUUUUUUUCCUCUCUCUUCCACAGGAACAAGCAACACCUGUUGAAUGAUGGAUUUAUAUUUAAAGUUCUUAAAUUAAAAAGAUGUAUUGAGCUGAAAAUGGUGGUGUAUUGUGUAUUUGAGAUGUUGAUGAUAUUUUUUUAUUGUGAUUGCCAUGCUAUCUUUUUGCAGUUUUAAAACGGGCCCAAGCUGAGCUGAAUAGUUACUUUGGCACUUGUUGGACAUCUGAUCAAAUUUAUUUGUAUAAAGAUAGUCACCAAAUGUGAUUGCAGAAAUCCCAGUCUAGGUCUGUGAAGAGCAGUCCACAGGUAGCCAUAGUGGCAAGAAUAACUCAAAUAGCAAAAAGAAAACCUGAAAGGAACCAUACCGGUGAUACUGACUGGUAGGACUUUACUAGUUUCUGUAUAUUGUAAUUCAGUCAUUGCAUGUAAAAUGAAUUUGGUGUAAACAGUGAUGCUCUGGAAAUAUCUACUUACCUGUAUUAAACAUGUGCAACU